AUGAGCAGCAUUUCCGCCACAAUCUGGCGGAGAACCAAUUGGGCCGGCUUCAUUCUCGAGCGACGAAGGCAGAUUCAAUGGGAGCCUGGCUCUACCAACAUCGACCUCUAUGCUGCAGUGCUGGGUGGGUGUGCAGAGUUGCCCAACUUGGACAUGUUCCCGGGGCUCAACACAUCACAGUGGUCCGUGUCGGUGUGGGUCAAGUUCAACAUGAGCACCCCCUCUCAAAAGGAACGAAUUGUGCUCCACAAAGGCGGCAGCUUGCGUCUGCAGCUUGCUGCGAGCUCCAGCACCAGUUGGAAGUAUAGGCUGCUAUGCAAGGUCGUGUUCACGACAUCUGUGGUGACCUCAGCCACCACCGCUUACAACUUCUACAACCAAGACACAAUCUACUGGAAUCACAUCGCAUGCAUCUACAACACCACCCACAUCACCCCAAACACGGAAAUCAUGUACGUGUCACGGAGCAGCGCUGGUAAUAUGCGCGGGUGGGUGGACGAGCUCAAGUUUUACGAUCACGCACUGAGCGCGCAGGAGCUGCAGCUCCUCUACACCGCGUCCGCCAGCAACGACCUCCCCAUCGCUUCUAUUGGCAACAUUACGGAAUUGUCCGUCCCGGCGCCGUCGACGAUCGAAGUGGCUGGCGCGGGUACCGACCAGCGGCAGGCCUACUCCGGCGAUCCCGGCUCGCAGCUGACCUACCAGUGGAGCCUCCUGAGCAGCACGUGCUCGAUCGGAACCUUCUUAGAGCCCUUGGCCCAGACGGCCACGCUCACUACCAACGCCCUCGGUUCGUUCCAGUUGACGCUGUGCGUGGAUGACGGCGAGCUGGUCUCGAGCGUGAGCGUCAAUGCCAAGGCGGUGCCCGGCAGGCCAGUGAUCAGCUUCCAGUCGGUCGGUCCGCUGGUCAGCGUGCCGAGCGGCUCGAUCAAUUUCGCCAUCACCGUCGUGGCAUCGUCGUUGCCUACGCCAAAUUACCAGUGGCAGUACAUGGUGAUGGAGCUGACCAACUCCACCACCAACGACACUCUGGACGACACGAGCGGCACUCCCCUCGACGCCCGAUGGCAAGACGAUUUUGACCAUGUCGGGCAUAGCGACCUGAUUCCUCGCGCCGGCAACGCCACUCUGCAACCGGCGUGGUACAACAUUGAGGGUGCGACUCAAAAUGCGCUGCUGGUCAACGGGACGGAGGAAUUCAACAAUCAGACCUACCGCUGCGUGAUCAGCAAUGCCGUCUCCUACGUCACGAGCGACGAAUUCCUGGUCACCAUCGUGGCCGCGGCACCAUCUCCCUCCGCCGAUUCCAGCGGAGCGGACACGGGUGCGAUCAUCGGAGGAGUGGUUGGCGGUGUGAGCGGCCUGUGCGUGUUCUUGCUGCUCCUGCUGGCUCUGCUCUUCAUUGUCGCCCUCAAGCGGAAGAGCAACCGCCAGAAGAAGCUCAGCCAGCCCGACUACGAGGAGCUGGCCUACGCGGAUGUCGAUGAUGUGGUGAUGACCAGGAAGAUGCAGGAGUACUACUCUCAGCUGGAGCGCCUCAUGUUCGUCGAAGAUGGCCGCCUCGCCACCGCCAUCUUCGAAAUCGCUUCCUCCACCGAUGCCGACAAGGUAUCGAAGGCGCUGAUGCGCGUCUACGAGUUCCAGCAGCGAGGCUACGAGCUCAUCGAGCGCCAGAUCUCCAAGGAGGUCGCGAUGGCGUCGGACGAAGGCACCCUGUUCCGGGCCAACAGCCUGGCGGCCAAGCUGUUCAGCUCCUACGUGCGCAUGAUCGCCAUGCCGUUCACCUGGUUCAUGCUCGUUACCUCGGUCAACUCCAUCAACGACAACGCUGUGGAUUCAUUCGGAGAUGAGGAUGGAAACACGUCGUCGAGCAAGCGGGCGCGGUACAUGGUGGAAGCAGACGACGAUGACUUGCAGAAUGGCCACACGCCCAUGGACGUGUUCCGCGUGUCGUCGAUGGAGAUCGAUCCGCACAAGAUGGGCGAUGCGGCCGACGCCACCAUCAACAGCCUCGAGCUGUGGCUCGUGGCACAGAAGCUCUACAAGUGCAUCGUCGACAGCGAGAAGAUGAUGCCGAUCCAGAUCAAGCAGCUCAUGCGCCACAUCGACGCCGAGGUCGGCGCCAAGUUCGGACCAUCGGCGCAACAGGCCCAGUUCCGGGCCAUCGGCGGCUUCCUGUUCCUUCGCAUGGUGUGCCCUGCCCUCAUGGCGCCCCAAGUGUUCGGCCUGCUCGACGGCCCUCCCCACCCGGUGGCGCAGAGGCAGCUGAUCCUGGUGUCGAAGGUGUUGCAAAACCUGGCCAACGAUACACUGCCGGGCGCCAAGGAGGCCUACAUGGAGCAGCUCAACAGUUUCAUCGUCACCAACAAGCCCAGCCUGGAGCGGUUCUACGAGGCGAUCAUCUCCGGCGCCGACAAGGGCAAGCCCACCGAGAGCGAGGUGCCGCAGAAGGCGCGCCUGAGCGGUCUAGCCGUGCUGCACACAUUCGUGUCGGCGAACCUCGCCGCGAUCGAGAAGCAGCUGGAGAGCGACAGGGCUGGCGACGAGCUCCUCGAAGAGCUCAAGAGCGUGUUGGCCGAACUCAACGAAGACAGUGUCUAA